GGGCAUGAGUGCAGGCUGAAGCUGCAGGUUGUGUGAGUGUGCUCUGAAAGUGGUUUUAAAAUUUCCAGGCUGCUUACAAUGGUUUGGUUCUUCUGACUGCUCUUUUUAACCAAGGAAUUGCUUUUCAUUUUUGUGUUGUUCCUCUUCCUGAACUAACAAUUUGUGGCUUUCUUGUAUUUAUCGUUUGAAUGGAUGUGUUGAGUCCAUAUGCCUUACGGUUGCUAUGACAGAGCAGCUCUUCUGCAGCAAUGUUUUGUACCAGGCCCUAUGAACUAGUCGGGGUCAAGUCUGUUAUGUGUUAUGUGUUCCUUGACUUCCUAAAGUAUGGUAUAGCACAGAUGUGGCAUCAUGAUUCUAUGUGACAUCUAUCCUGUCUAUAUGGGGAGAAGUGAAAUCUCCUUGGUUUUAUUCCUGCUUUUCUGUUGGUCCUUAUUAUAUUGCAGGCAUUGUAGUAUACUUGCCAUCCUGUUUAGAAGGGGAGUGGUUUCUAAUGUAAUACAAGUUUUCUGGUUUGGUAUGAAAUUUCAAACUGUAGAGAUUCUGCAUUAUUUGUUGACAUAGUUGUCUUGUUAAUUCAUAUCAUGGGACUAGGUUCCCUUUAAUAAUAUGUUUAGGGAACUUCAUUACAGUUCUGUCAUUUGUUUGCAAUGUUUUCGACCAAGGGUUUUUGAUUUUGAACACCUACUGACUCAUGUUUCAUGGUAGUAGUCAGUCACAUUUUAAAAACGAGGUAGAAACAAGUCUUGUUGCCUACAUGCUGUCAGAUCAGUAGUUGGUUUUCCAUGAAGAAGUAACUCUAAUUAUGAGAUCAUAAUUACCAUGAGAUCAUAAAAUAACCAUUUAACAUCCCCAAAAGAUAUCUUCAUAAUGUUAAACAAAAGUAACUUACAGGGCUCAUAAGUAACACGUAUUUCUACCAUUUUCAAAUAUCUGCUUAAUUCUUUUCAGCUUUCCAGCUCUUCAAAAAGUUCACAAGUAUGGGAUUUUUUUUUUAAAUGCUAGUUUAUUAUGCUUCUGAAGAAAAAAAUUCCAAAUGUGAGCCAUAUGUGGGGUUUUUGGGUGCGUACCCCCCCCCCCCCCCCCCUUAGCAUAGGCAUCCUAGGAUAACAGCUCAAAGGCAUGUCACAUUGUCUGAACUAUUAAAACUGAACUUUAGUAAUUUCAGUUGUAGUAUUAACUAUUGUAGUACUAUUGGAUUUAGUAGAAAUAUCAUGGUAAAUUAUUUUAGGUAUUUUGUUAAGAGUCUAAAAAGAAGUUCAUUAAUUCCAUUACAGUUUCUUUCUUUCAAAGGCUGCUAAUGUUGGGAAUAAGGCUUUGAAACUCCUACAGGUGAAACUGAAAACUGCCUUUCUCUGGGCUCAAUAAUUAAGUCACAAAAUGAUGUUCUUUUAGUAUUAAAACUUCAGCUGAACCUGAAAUACCAAAAAAAGGUAUUUUUGAGGCAGUUUGUGACAAAUAAGUAAAAGUGACAAAUAGCCUUUUAGUCAAAUAGAAUUAAUACCAAACUCCCGCGUAUUUUCUCCAAGUAUGUUUAAUGCAAUGAAAAUGUAGUAUGUUAGUAUUCGAAUUCCCUUGUUAUGGAUUGAAUAAACCUCAGUGAUGGGUACAGGUGUUCUCACUUUCCCUCCAUGUAAGUUAGUAUAAAUAAACUAUUAAAUUUUUAGGAAGUCUCAUUUCAGACUGAAGUGUAUGUAAUCUUUCAAAAUUGAGGCAAUAUAGUGGUGGGUAGAUAGAACUUGGGAAAAUAACCGUAUUUUAUUACUAACAGAGAAAAAUAAACAGAAAAUAAUUACGAAGAAUAGAAGCUGCAUCAGCGCUGAGCUACAAUAGGGGCUUUAAAGCUGGGCUUUGCUGAAGGAAUUAAGGCAACAUCUGAAAAUUUAUUGUAGCUUUUAACCAUGUAGUCUUUCACCAGACAGCUUGAAGAUUUUGAGUAAGAAUCAGCAGAGCUUCUCUUGUAUUAAUGCCUCACUGUUCCCACUGUGAAUUAAUGUCAAGACACAACUCUUAUUUAUAGUCCUCCUUUAAUUUUUCAAGUAUAUAUGGAAAAAAUAAAAAGCUUUGUCCACAGUCAUGCGUGUGUCCCCCUGUUAUGAAGUUUGAACAAUUUGAACUAUGGAGGAAACCUAAGAAGUUAAGCUUGAGAAAAAGGGAAAAAUUAGAAGAUUAUUUCUAAAAAUGAACAGAUCUGAUGACAUAAUAGAAUAAGAAUUUCAAAGAUGGAACUUGGAAGAGUCAAAGCUAAAUUCUGGGAGGAGCCUUUGUGAGUGAAUUCUAGGACUAAACAACAAGUUCUCCCCAAGGAUAGGUAGGGGAGAUUUAACAGGACAGGAUUUAGAGGUGGUGACACUUUCAUCAAAUUUCAAACACUGAUAACAGUAGCCUUGGAGGGUAUGGCUGGUAUUCUCAUUGUAAUGUGAUGGCAAAUGCUAAACAUGUCAGUGAGCACAUUCUGAAAUGUAAUUAACAGUAUUGUUCCAGCCAUAACCUGAGCAAUAUUUGGAAUUUUAAGUACAGCAAAAUUGCAUUAUUAAAACGGAAGAAUCAGAAACUGCAGCUUAGUUUGUGGGUACAUCUUAUGUUACAUUUAUAAACUUACAUAAUAUGACAAAAACUGUUAAGAAAAUAUUUUGCUUCUUUCAGUUCUUUACCAGCAGAUUUAAAAACUAAAGGAAGAUGUCUUUUUUCCCCAAAAUCUCUUUCCAAUGUGAAGUUGAAGAGUAUCUCACCAAAGUGUUCAGAAAUAAUGAGCUUAUCACUGCUUUAGGCACAGAGGAAGUGGAGAGUAAAUAUCAAUCUCUGUUAAGGCAUCUAUCUCAUCCACCAGCUUUCACAACUGUUAGAGUUAAUACCCACUUGGCCUCGGUGAAACAUGUGAAAAAAUUGCUGUUUGAAGAGAUCCAGAAGCAAUUUAAAGACCUAUGUGUUCCAGUUCUUGAGCAUCCGAAACUCCAGGACAUCUUAUUAAUUCCUGUCAUUGGACCCAGGCGAGAUUUAAAAAAGCAUGCAUCUGAAGUCAUUGUUGGAGCUCACUGUGGAUACGCAGUACUUCGAGGAGCGCAUGUUUAUGUCCCUGGAAUCAUAUCGACCUCAAGAUUUAUGAGAGCUGGAGAUCUGGUCUCAGUUUAUUCAGAUAUUGAAGGGAAAUGUAAAAGAGGAGCCAAAGAAUUUGAAGGAGUCAAAGUUUUCCUUGGAAAUGGGAUUUCAGAACUGAGUCGCAGUGAAAUCUUUAGCUCAAGUGGCCCACUGAAUGGGAUGGGCGUACGAAUGAUAGAGCCAGUCUACCUUAGUCCUUCGUUUGACAACGUGCUACCUAGUCAUUUAUUUUUACAGAACUUGCCUUCUGUGGUUGUGAGCCAUAUUUUAAACCCUCAACCAGGAGAGAGAAUUCUAGAUAUGUGUGCUGCACCUGGAGGAAAAACAACCCAUCUUGCAACAUUAAUGCAUGACCAGGGUGAAGUAAUAGCCAUGGACAAGAUCGCUAACAAGGUCAAAAAGAUUAAGCAGAAUGCUGAAUUGCUACAGUUGAAUUGCGUUAAGGCCUUUUGCUAUGAUGGAACAAAGGCGCUUUCAUUUGAGAAGAAAGGGGAUGAACAAGAAGGACCUCCAUUCUUACCAGAGUCAUUUGAUCGAAUUCUUCUUGAUGCUCCAUGUAGUGGGAUGGGACAGAGACCAAACAUGGCUUAUUCCUCGACUUUAAAGGAAGUGACCUCUUACCAGCCACUACAGCGCAAACUUUUCACUGUGGCAGUGCAAUUGCUAAAGCCAGGAGGUGUUUUAGUAUAUAGUACAUGUACAAUUACACUCUCUGAAAACGAGGAGCAAGUUGCUUGGGCCCUGAAAACUUUUCCAUGCCUCCAGCUUCAGCCACAGGAACCUCACAUUGGAGGAGAAGGCAUGAGGGGAGCCGGACUGUCACUUGAUCAGUUGAGGCUGCUGCAGAGAUUUGAUCCAUCUGCUGUGACAUUGCAAGAAAUGGAUAUUAAUUCUUUGCAAGAUUCCAGGGAGGAUGAUCUGAUUUCACUGGCGAAUAAGGACUGUAUAGGAUUUUUUAUUGCAAAAUUUAUUAAAUCAAACAGUAAAUAAGCAUUUAGGAAUGCAACCUGAAGAAAUACCUCUGAGCCUAAGAACAGCUCAGACGUGAAGUGUGUUCCUUACCGCUGCAAUGUUGCCAAGCCAACGGGCUGACGCAGGGUUGCUAUGGCAGCAAUAAAAUCUGCCAGCUGUUCUGCUGGGAAAGAGCCACAGGUUGAAGAAAGUCAUGUUUGGGGGGAGGGCAGCAUCAUAUUUAAGUCUCCAUUUGCUUUUGCAUUUGCAUCAGGCCAGUGCGUGAAUGGCAACUACAUUCAUUCAUACCGCUGUCUGUUCUACCUUUCCCCACGUGAGUGGCUUCUGUAGUGCAGCAAGCAGAGGAACAGGGUUUCUCUGGGAGGCGAAGUAAGCUACUUUAUGAAAUACAAACAGAAAUAGAUGGGAACUGUUAUAAUGAAUUCUGGAAAAGGUAGUUUCUAUGAAAGUUUACCAAUACUUACAUGUUUCAUUAAAUAGUGCUUCACGAAAUACUGUAACGUUUUACAAAGAACUGUUUUAUAAAUUGAUACUUAGAACCUCAUUUCUCUUUUAUUUUAAUACAAGCAAGAUUCUCUGUACACAUAGUAUAUACACAAAAUACGAUUAGGCUUUGUAGCAUGUCUUUUAUAGCAGCAUGAAUAUAUUAAACCAUCUCACUCUGGGAAUGUAAAUAAAUAAUGUUUCAACAUCAAA